GCCCCGGCCGCCGCGCCCCGCGUCCGCGCCGGCAUGGUGAACCUGGCGGCCAUGGUGUGGCGCCGGCUCCUGCGGAAGCGGUGGGUGCUCGCCCUGGUCUUCGGGCUCUCGCUCGUCUACUUCCUCACCAGCACCUUCAAGCAGGAGGAGAGGGCAGUGAGAGAUCGGAAUCUCCUCCAGGUUCAAGACCAUGAUCAGCCCAUUCUGUGGAAAGUGCAGUUUAACUUGGGCAAUAGCAGUCGGCCCAGCAACCAGUGCCGGAACUCCAUCCAAGGGAAGCACCUCAUCACCGACGAACUAGGAUACGUUUGUGAAAGGAAGGACUUGCUGGUGAAUGGCUGCUGUAAUGUCAACGUCCCGGGCACCAAGCAGUACUGCUGUGAUGGCUGCUUGACCAACGGCUGCUGCAGUGCUUACGAGCACUGCGUUUCCUGCUGCCUGCAGCCCAACAAGCAACUUCUCCUGGAGCGCUUCCUCAACCGGGCAGCUGUGGCCUUCCAGAACCUCUUCAUGGCAGUGGAGGAUCACUUUGAAUUGUGUUUGGCUAAAUGCAGGACCUCAUCCCAGCAUCUUCAGGAGUGGGCCCUGAACACCGUAUGCUGACAUCUAAAACUGUCUGAGAUCUCAAAGAUACUGUUCCAUUCUCAUCUAGUGCCAAGUUUCUAGCAGCUGCUACCAUGUGCUCUCAGAUUUUUUCUGGGGGAUCUGGGAUACAUGUAUUCCUGUGGCAAGCAUCGUUUUAACCUGAGAGUCUGACUUACUGUUCCAGAGGAUUUUGUUCUCAUUUCCUAUGAAGUGCCUGGUCAUCUUGGUUGUGGUCCAGCAGGAGCCUCAGGAAAAUCACCGCAGCCUCCUCUCCUCCCAGUCAUGGAACCCUGUGUUAAGGCGCUUCCUCAGUGGAGAUACAUCUACAACUGGCCAUAAGCGGUCAUCCUUUAUUGCUUUCAGCUUCAUGAGAUGUAACAAGUACAGACAUGCAGUUUCCCCAUGAUUCGCAAAGAGGGAGAAGAAAACCCGAGUUGCUAGGAAGGAGCUGUAAGAGACUUAACAUCUCCCCUCAGUGGGACGAGUGAAUGAACGCAGGGCAUGCAAUUGCAGGUCCACACGCUCCAGGCGUGCCCUGUGUUUCCGAACAACACUAAACCUCUCUGGUCAAGGCCUGGGGUAUUUGGUCCUCAGAUCACGACAGGCCCCUUGAGUAGUAUCCCUCUUUGCUCUCAGGAGUUCCAUUACUGCACAGCUUUUUCCUGGAGUCACACACUGACCUGGGGUUGGGCAAGGUUUUUUCAUUUUAUUGGUUCAAGUUGUUGACCUUGGAGCAGAGCGCUAUUUUAUAACCUGCUUUUGACUUUUUUUUUUUCUUUUUCUUUGGGCCAUGUUUGCCUUCCAGUGUGUUUCUGCAAUAUGUAGUGGCCGUUUCCCUUCACCCCCUCCUAUUACUUCUUAUACUUAACCUUCCCAAAGUGGUUUGUCCUGAUAAAUAAGUUUUCUUUGAGGGUAAACUGUGUGUCUGGCAGUUUUUAAAUGUUAGAUCCCAAGAAAUGUAAUCAAUGUGCAGUGGACUUUUUGGGUUCUCUGUGUGUUCAUUGGUGCUAAAUCAAACUGUAUGUGAAAGAAAUGUGCAUGUCUGGGUGUUUUACCAUCUCGGGUGUUUUUCUGUAACGCAGUGUGAGACUUGAGUUUGUUUUCUGUGGUCACUGGUACCAGCCUCUCCUUUGAGCUUAUUUUAACUCUUGAGAAAUAUAACAUAGAUUUAAUGUGAGAAGAGUUUCCUCACAGGUUAA